GCAGGCAGCGUCAGCAGGCAGAGAGGACACACUCCGAUCAACCAUCGUCUCUCACACUGCCAUGGUCGAAGAAAACGACAACAGCGCUUCCUAUUUUCUGCCGGGAGUGAAACUUUAAAGCCAUGAUGCUGAACGUCACAGCACCGCGGAUAUAAGCGACAGAAAGUACCUCCACACCGAAACCCCAAAAGAAGAAGAAGAAGAAGAAGCAGUUCUUUUUAUUUUUUUUCAGGCUCGGAGGGAAAGACGGCAUCCGGCCUGAAAAGAAGCUCCGAGGUCGGGGACUCCGGUCGGAGCAACGUUCAUCGUUUCUGGCCUCCCCUUCCCGAGAGCUCCAUGGAGAAGAUGAAGCGGUUCAAGCGGCGUCUCUCGCAGACGUUACGAGGCAGCCACACCAUCGACGAGUCGCUGUCUGAGCUGGCCGAGCAGAUGACCAUCGAGGAGAACGCCCUGAAGGACAGCGAGCCGAUAGUGAGGAAUGGUCGUCCUCCGUCGGCCCACAGUGUGCACUCCUUCCUGCACCAGUACACGGGCUCAUUUAAAAAGCCGCCGCUGCGACGGCCCCCGAGCGUCAUCGGAGGAGGCCCGGGCUCUCUCAUGGUGAUGCCUCGCAACGGCAGUCGUCUCGAUAUCGUCCACGAGAACCUGAAGAUGGGGUCUGACGGGGAGAGCGACCAGGCGUCGGGGACUUCCUCGGAUGAGGUGCAGUCGCCGACGGGUGUCUGUCUGCGGAACAGAGGGAACAGACGCAUCUCUGCAGAGGACCUGAACAAACGUCUGUCCCUGCCGGCUGAUAUCCGGAUACCUGAUGGUUACCUGGAGAAGCUGCAGCUGAGCAGCCCGCCCUUCGACCAGCCGCUGAGCCGACGCUCCCGCAGAGCAUCACUGUCAGAAAUUGGAUUUGGGAAGCUGGAGACCUACAUCAAACUGGACAAACUGGGGGAGGGUACAUACGCUACAGUCUUCAAGGGGAGAAGUAAGCUGACGGACAACCUUGUGGCGCUGAAGGAGAUCAGACUGGAGCACGAGGAGGGGGCUCCAUGCACGGCGAUCAGAGAAGUGUCGCUACUGAAGGACCUGAAACACGCCAACAUUGUGACGCUGCACGAUAUCAUCCACACAGAGAAGUCGCUCACACUGGUCUUCGAGUACCUGGACAAAGACCUCAAGCAGUACAUGGACGACUGUGGGAACAUCCUGAGCAUGCAGAAUGUCAAGAUUUUUCUGUACCAGAUCCUGCGAGGACUGGCUUAUUGUCACAAGCGGAAAGUUCUCCACAGAGACCUGAAGCCCCAGAAUCUGCUCAUCAAUGACAGAGGAGAACUCAAACUUGCAGACUUUGGCCUGGCGAGGGCCAAAUCUGUGCCCACUAAAACAUACUCUAACGAGGUGGUCACACUCUGGUACCGGCCCCCCGAUGUGCUGCUGGGCUCCUCUGAGUACUCCACUCAGAUAGACAUGUGGGGUGUGGGCUGUAUAUUCUAUGAGAUGUCUGCCGGCAGGCCUCUGUUCCCCGGCUCCACCGUGGAGGAUGAGCUGCAUCUCAUCUUCAGGCUGCUAGGCACUCCCACAGAAGACAGCUGGCCUGGAAUAUCCUCUAUGGACGAGUUCAAAUCCUACAAGUUCCCCAAGUACAAGGUUCAGCCGCUCAUAAACCACGCACCGAGGUUGGACACUGAUGGCAUCGACCUGCUGCUGUCAUUCCUAAAAUAUGAGUCGAAAAAGAGGAUAUCUGCUGAUGAAGCAAUGAGACAGCCGUACUUCAGGAGCCUGGGGCCACGUGUGCACACGCUGCCAGAGAGCAUAUCCAUAUUCACACUGAAGGAGGUGCAGAUGCAGAGAGAUCCCGGCUACCGGAACUCGUCAUACCCCGAGUCAGGCAACGGAAAGAGCAGAAGACAGAGCAUGCUGUUUUAGAUUCUCUGGACUGUAUUUUUUUAAUUUGAGAAGAGUCUCCUAGCUGUACAGUCUCGCCGAAGGAUCAGUAACCAGGAAUGGAUGUUGACGUGGGGCAUCAUCAUCACUCCCCCCAAGCUUCUUGGGAAACUCGUCCACAGUGCCACCAAACCCCCCCUCCCCAGGUCUGGCCUGAACCUGGCCCAAAAGAGACAUUUAUAUACUGUACAUCUAUAUUUAUUGAGAAGAGAAUUUGCUGCUAAAUCCAACUACUGUCUAGAAUUCUAACUGGCUCAGUCACUUUAACGAGUACAUGCAAUGUGUAUAGAUUGUUGAUUGUUCUUUUUUUUUUUUUGGAAGUAGUGGUAUUUUAAGAGAUUUUUUUUGUUAUUUCCAUUUUCAUACAUAAA